UCUCUUAUUUCCUCUAUGUAUGUCUGUCUACCCCUGCCUUUUCUCUAGGCGCGAUGGUUCUUGUACUCUGAUUCUUCUUUGGCGCUUUAUAUUAUUUAUUUAUUUUAUGUAUUAAUAUUUUUUUCCUCCUUUCCUCUAACCCUUGAUAUGCCUUCUCAAUCACUUCUCCAACUGUGUACUGCAACUGCUAUCAGAAAUGCAAGAUAUCUCACAGAUAUUGGAAGUGUCCCCUAUGUGUUGGCGCGUCCUUUUCUUUUGAAGAUCGAAAGCCCCGAGAAACUCCGGUCGCUCGAAUUGCUUUCACCUCAUAUAGCGGAGGAGGAUAGCGAGUUAUGGCUAGAGUUUAUCAAACGCGAUAUUCCCAACUGGGAGUCAUACGAUCUACCUGAAAACCCCGACUGCUGGUACGAUGUUUACUGCGGUUUGCGCGACCAUGUUCAACAGGCCGUGGAGAAAGAUGCGGAACAGCUUAAAGUGGCUCUGCAGGGGAUCACGUCGGAGCGUGAGAAAAAUAGCGCGAAGCUGGUCUCCGACCACCAGUCCGCUCGUCUCCCGCUUCCCCGGCCAUCGCUGAAGCAGAGACUUGCGCGAUCCUCGCUCUCUCGAGAGACGAAGAAAAAAAGCAACAUAUUUGCACCUCCGAAGCGCAACAGUGCUCUUUCGGUUCCUACCAAGAAUCUUAGCAGUAGGGCUAGUCGUGUUCAAAUGGCGCCCCGCUCGCUGGUCGAAGCACAUAGGCACCCUGAUCCUCCUCCAGAGCCACCGGUGUCGCUUCAGAGGAAGCCUCUCUCAGCCUCGCCGUCGCUUCUGACGUCCUCGGCAUCUGGGCGUUCGGUGCCCGCCAAUCGCACAAGCUCUCUGGAGAGGCCCCAAUCCGCCAUGACCAGGGAGUCCGGCACUGCGCAAGUAUCUACACACAACAAGACACCAUCUAUCAGGGGGCCUUCUCUCAGGCCUUUUCCUGAGGGCCGGGGAUCAACCUCUAGGACUGUCCCUUCUCGAAAUUCCACUGGCGAAGAAUCAAAAUCCACCAAGGCCGACAAAUCCGCGGGAACCGCCGCCCCGCCGCCUUCCCUGGACGACAGCGAGUUCAAACCCGCUCCAGCGCAAGCCGCCCGUCCUGUCAUGCGGAAGCGCCCAGCGCCCAGCGUUUUCAUUCAGCCCAAGAAGAAACGAGCUCCAUAAGCAAUGUGGCUUGACAAACAACAUCAAUUUGAUUUUGUAUUCUCGUCGUAUUCUUUAAAGAGCUACAGGGCUCAGCUAGG